AUGACCUGCACACCAGGGAUCUCCAACGUGCUCCCCACCAUCUCACAGCAGUUCCUUUGCACCCAUAGGUUCCUCGUGGCUGCCUGUGAGUUACUGCGCCAGCAUCUUCAUGUUGAGGGGCUCUUCCGGAAAACCGGCUCGGUGACCCGCAUCAAAGCGUUGCAGUCCCGGCUGGAGGCUGGCGAAAGCUGCCUUCACAUGGCCCUGCCGUGCGACGUGGCGUCUCUCGUAAAGCUGUUCUUGAGAAGCCUGCCAGAGCCCUUGCUCCCGGCUGAGCUGCAGGCCCCGAUGUGCCAAGUCCAGCAGCGCCCAGAGGAGGAUCGGGGCCCCCUGACCAUCCUGCUCACCUGCUUGGUCCUCCCAGCAAGUGCCAACACCCUACGCUACUUCUUCGGCUUCCUGAAGGACGUGGCAGCCAGGUGUUCCCAGAACAAAAUGGACUCGGCCAACCUGGCUGUUGUCUUCGCCCCCACCCUUUUCCCCAGCAAGCCCUGUAGCAAGCUGGAUGGGGAAGCGGAAGAGCUGCUGAAGACGCAGGCAGCCGUGGUGGAGCUGUUGAUUAGCCAUGCAUCGGAAAUCGGCAUGAUCCCCCAAUCUCUCCUGGGGAAAGUGCAGGCUGCCUUUUCGGACACGGAACGUGAAAGACAGUCUCCUCCUGGACCAGAACUUGGGAAAGGCAAGGAGGUGGAAAGCAGGAGGAAGAGGCGGCAGCGGCGCAGUGUCGGCAAUAUCGUCACUGAAGCUCUGAGCAGAUUCAAGUCAGGUCGGGCACUUCAGGCUGCUCCUUGCCCAGAGACCAAACAGAGUGUGCAUCAAGGAAACGACUCCCCAAACAACUCAACUCUGAGAACUUCCUUUAAUUCCAAGCGGAAGGCUUCCGAUGAUGACGUGUGGACGUCUGAGCUCUCGGUCAAGAAGAGGAGGUCAGCUUUGAAUUCAGAAGGCUCAGAUUCCUCCAACGAGGAGCUGCUCGAGCAGCCGGUGGAGGCAGAUCCCUUGCAAGGUCUUCCUGCCCUGCUCUUCUCCAACAGUCCCUCGAAUCCAGGCAGCCCACGAAUCUCCACUGCCAAAGUCCAGAGGAGGCGGAGCAGCAGCAGGCAACGCCCACAGAGGAAACAUUCCACCCGCACUGCCCCCUCCUGCUCCCCAACACCCUUUGAGCGGAAGGACGUGGGGCGCAAAUCCCUGCGUGUUUUCUUCUGGGGCAGCAAAGACCUGCAUCCGCUCUCUCCUUCCAUCAAGCUCAAAGAGCCAAGCGGCCAGCUUCUGACGGAGAAGACCGCAGCAGAAGUGCUGGGAGUCCCUGGUUCCCAACAGCGAUGGGCCCACUUGCCCUCCCGCAAGCCCAAAGAAACUGAAGAGAGACCUGUGGGCCAGUCAUCUGAUGAAGACUCCCCUCCUUACAUAGACCAAGUGGUCGCAGAGCCUGCUGUGAAACACAAAAACGGAAAUGGGGCCACUCCCAAUUUGGAUGGUGUUUCUCGCAGGCGCCAAGAACUGUCCUUGGGGACGGCGGAGGGUUUGCACAGCGAUCCCACUGAGGCCGCUCCUCUGCUGCGGCCGUUUCGAGUCCUGCGUCGUUCCUUGAGUUGGCCUGAAGAUCUGUCCUUUCGGGAUACCACAGAACGAGGGAAGAUGGAUUGUAUUCCGGACGAGGCAGCCGUCGUUCCUGGAGACCGUUUCGGCCUAGCUGAGCUGGAGAAGCCUGGUGUGAGAGUUACAGCAACAGGCAUGAGGCAGGCGGGCGUCCACACAGUGUGUGUCACGUUGGCUGACAGCUACAAGGCCGCCCACCCAGAGAACGAACCUUGUGACAUCCCAGAGAGCCUCCAUUCCUCCAAACCAGCCCUGCCUGACAAUCAUGGCACCCAGGCCAACAACUUUUGCCACCUCAGCAAGGUGCCCCAAAGCAGCCUGAAGCGCUUCGCCCUCAACUUCCAGCGGACAUCGUCUCAGCCGAACGAGGGGCCGAACACAGCUAGGCCCAAGAGGAAAGGGGGACGCCGUUUUGGCCGGUCUCUGAGCCACGAGAGCGGCCUACCGUUGCGUGCUGAAGAGGAGGAGGUGGGCUGCACGGCAAAGAAAAAAGGGACCUCCUUACUGCCCCCUAAGAGCCCCUUGCAGUCCUUCAAGGCCUACGGGCGGCAGAUCUUCAUUGCCCACAAACAUUGGGCCAUGGCUUUUGUAGGGCAACGGGGCAGGAAGGAAUCGAUGUCGCCAAGUCCCCAAGAAACCGAACAAGCUGCAGCGGAUUCCCAAGAGCCCCUCUUGGCAUGCCGGCUAGAGGGAGAACGACAUAGUUAUCGCCGUUCUUCCAAAUUCUCCUCGGUGGAACCCCAGCUUGUGGCUGGUCAGGAUGCCCUGGAUUUGUAGAUGAACUGGGAUGCCAAUUGUGGACCAAAAAAUCACUCACAAUUACUAGUCAGCCAGGCUGGGCUAGUUAAAUCGUGUUCAACGCCUAACGCUUUGUCCCGUCCUUACCUUUGGCUCGGAUUCUGCAAGUGGGGUCCCUGCUGGUGCUGGUAACAGUGCCAGGCCUUUGGUUUUUAAUACCAUACGGUGGCCCUCCUCCUCCCUGCCAAUCACUUCCCGCUAAUGGGAUCUCGCUGCUGACAUUAAUUUCACACACACUUACCCUGCUAACGUUCUGCUAUUCAAUUUUCUCGCCUCUGUUUUCCUUAAAUGGCUCAUUCCUGCUCAAGGGGUUUGUAUAAAAUCUUUUCUGGAUCGUGGGCAUUUGGGGUGUUUCGUACUUGUCCUUAUCUGGUUCCCUGAAACCAGCAGCCUUAAAGGGCUGGCCUGUCUUUUGUAUUUUAUGCCCGUGAUACCUUUUGCCUUGCGGACAACAGAAGAAAAUGCAGAAAAUCUUGUGCGGCAAGCAAAUCCUUUAAAAUUGGCUCCCCAAAGCGACCACUGGCAUGCUGUUUUUCUAGCCAACGUGCGGACAAGGGAGUAUGGUUGAACUCAUUUCAGUUUCCUCUCCUUCAAAUUCUCGGGAGCAGGAAAACGAGCUCGGUUUUAAGAUUGGGGUAUAUGCAUGCAGUUUCCUUGUUAGCCCUCCAGGGGGCAGUCAGGUACGUCGAUUGUUUCCAAACUCUCCUGUAUGAUUAUUAUUUUUUUUAAUUUUACUGUUGGAAACGUUUGGCCUGCUUUGUGUGCUGUCUUUCCUAAUCCUAACACUAAAUAAUUAAAAGCAAGAAACACCAUA